GCACGAUUGAAAAAUGGCGAUCGUCACAUUCCUAUUUGCCCUGUUUCUAUUCUACUCAUUUCAAAUACAAGGUUCCUCUGCAGCAGUGACUGAUGUGUUUGUGAAAACUGGAGAUGAUUUUAUUCUGAAUCUCACAGAAGCUGAAAUUCCACCAAAUUCUCGCUUUUGUGUAUGGCUAUUCAAAGAUGAUAUCCUGGUAGAGUUUUUACGUGGCUUCCAACCAGAUGUUAUUAAUCGCUCUGGAAAAGUUGAAGUUUUAGAAAAAAGUUACAGUGUGAAAUUAAAGGAUCUAGAGAAAUCACACAGUGGUAUUUAUACUGCAAAGGUAGUAUCGCCUAGAGAGCAAAUACUGACUCAAUACAACGUUACAGUUCAAGAUCCAGUGUCUCCAGUUGAUCUCAACGUUACCUACAUGUCCUGCUCCUCCUCCUCCUACAGCCUGACAGCGACCUGCAGGGCAGACGACUCUUCCAUCAGCAUCACUCUAAGAUGUGAGAAACAAACCUGCAACCAGGACGGAGGAGAGAGAAGAUUGGUCACCAAAUCUGGAUCUUCUCUUCAUGUAUAUCGGAUGGAAGAAUCAAUUGUCUGUAGCCACAGCAACCAGGUCAGCAGGAAUGAAUCAAUCAGACAGAUUGAGAAUCACUGUACAAAUUACGGUAACAAUGGCAGCUUUGACAACACAAUAUAUGCUCUUCCUGAGGAACCUUCACAGCACAACCCAUAUGAAAAUCCUGCAGAAAUUACUGAAACUCCUUCUCCAACAUCAACGUAUGCACUGGUGCAGUUUCACAAUCCUACUGUACAACCCAGUGUCACCAGUACAUCCACAAAACCACAACCUGAAACAAUUUAUGCUCAAGUUGACAGAGCUGCCAAGUCCAACCCAAAACCUGCAGCAGCCAAAAGAUGA